AAUCAGGGUUACAGUUUGGAUCACCUUCUGAUUAUUAGGUAGAAAAGAUUAUUGAUCAGUCAGAUUUUCAAUACUCUUGAAGAGAGAGAGGAGUGCAUUCUCGUAAAAUCACAAGAAAUUAGGAGCAAUAUUGUAGUUGUAUUAGUAACACCCACCAACCAAGAAGGAAAAAAGGGAAACCCAAUAAGCUCAUCACUUUCCUUCCACCUUCCUUGGUUCCUACAAAUAAAAUUCCAAGAAUCCUCAUCAGCCUCUCUCAUAUAUUCCAAAGUUUCUAUCCAAAUCUUGAAUCCAUUUUCCACAAGCUUCAUUCUUUAGUCUUCCUCCAGGCCAUGGAGAAUCGAAAACACAUGGUUCUAACCUCUCAAAGUGAGCUUCCAUUUAAUGAGAAUGACUCACAAGACAUGGUCAUAUACCAAAUGAUAAACGAAGCCACACCACCCAACAGUUCACAUAUGCCACAAAGAAUAAACCAGAUUAACGCAUCAAACAUGUUCCAACCGGCGAAGACCAUAGCCAAGAAGCACUACAGGGGAGUGAGGCGUCGUCCCUGGGGCAAAUACGCAGCUGAAAUUCGCGACUCCACACGACAUGGUGCUCGUGUAUGGCUAGGUACGUUCGAGACGGCGGAGGAGGCUGCUUUGGCUUAUGAUAGGGCGGCUUUUAGUAUGCGUGGCUCUAAGGCCCUCCUGAAUUUCCCAGCUGAAGUUGUGAUAGCUGCAACCACACCUCAAAAACUUAAGCCAAAUUUGAUUAGAAAUAACUUGGAAACCAGUGGCAGCUCUAGCACUGUGUCGAUUAAUGGGGCACCACAAUUGGAGUCGGAGAGCGGUACAACCGGGGAGUCCGGAGAUGUGAGUUCUGAUCAUUUGCUUAGAGUUUGUUGAUCAGAUGAGAUGAGCAUCCAAAUCUUAUCAUGUUAUUAUAGAUGUGAAUUAAUAUUAAGUAUAUUUUAGAGAGCAUGCUUUGCAACCAUUGGCCAUUACAGCAAGAGUGAGUUUUGGUUUACCCAAAUUGUAACCAUUACGCACAUAUAUAUAUUUCUCCAGUGUCAGUAUAAACACAGAGAGUUGUUAUCAUAUAAUUCAGUCUUUAAUAAAUAAAUGGUUUAUUUGUGCAA